CACGUGUGUGUGUAGAGAAGGAGCGAGGAGUCACGUACGCUUGUGUUCAGUACGCUCAGUUCUAGUAAAGCAGGGACGUGUCCACGCCUUUUGCUGGUAAAAGCAUUCCCUUCACAUCAGACACGUUAAAACCUAACCCAUAUAAAUCGAGCAACAUCAACAGCCUUUAGGCAAACGGGAUAUAUGCUGUAAAAGAACCGCCAACUUGCCAGGCUAAAACUUGGGCUGCUCUGUUUGUAUUUCCAAGUCGUGUCUAGCCAGCGAGCAACGUUUACCGGGGCUGCAGAAGUGUACUCCUUCACAGGUGACACUGGAGUGAAAUAGGAAGGAGCCAGCAGGAGCUGAUUAGAAGUCAUCAGCAGAGAAGUCCAGUUUGAAAGAUGGGUGAGGAGGGACCUCCCAGCCUGGAGUACAUUCAGGCCAAGGACCUGUUCCCUCACAAGGAGCUGGUGAAGGAAGAGGAGAGCCUGCAGGUCCCGUUCCCAGUACUCCAGGGGGAGGGGGUUGAAUAUCUCGGCCGUGCUGACGAUGCCAUCAUUGCGAUAUCCAAUUACAGGAUUCACAUUAAGUUCAAAGACUCAGUCAUCAAUACCCUUCCGUGGGGGGUGGACAGUGAGAUAUCAGUGCCUCUGAGGCUGAUUGAUUAUGUGGAGUGCCGGGAUAUGUUCCAGCUCCACAUCAUCUGCAAAGACUCCAAAGUGGUCAGGUGCCAUUUCUCCACCUUUAAACAGGGCCAGGAGUGGCUGAAGAGGCUGAACAGGGCCAUUGCUCACCCGGCCCGAUUGGAGGAGCUGUUUACCUUUGCCUAUCACGCCUGGUGCCUGGGAGCCUGUGCCGACGAGGAGGAUCAGCAUGUACACCUGUGCCGUCCCGGAGAUCACGUGCGUCACAGGUUUGAGAUGGAGUUGGUGAGAAUGGGCUUUGAUUUACAGAACGCCUGGAGAGUGUCUGAUAUCAACAGCAACUACAAGCUCUGUUCCAGUUACCCCCAAAAGCUGAUGGUUCCUGUCUGGAUCACAGACAAAGAGCUAGAGCACGUUGCCUCCUUCAGGUCAUGGAAGAGAAUUCCAGUUGUGGUGUACAGACACCAGCGGAACGGCUCUGUGAUUGCACGCUGCAGCCAGCCAGAGAUCAGCUGGUGGGGCUGGCGGAACACUGAUGAUGAGUAUUUGGUGACGUCCAUCGCCAAGGCCUGCGCGCUCGACCCUGGGGUGAAAACACGGGGCGUCGCGAACCCUCGGAGCAGGAGCGAGGGGGGCGACGCCUCCGACAGUGACUUUGAUUCCUCCCUGACAGUCUGCCCCAGCCCAGAGGCCGCCGGGGCCCCUCAGAAGCUGCUGAUCCUGGACGCCCGCUCCUACGCUGCGGCCGUCGCCAACAGAGCCAAGGGGGGGGGCUGUGAGUGUGAAGAGUACUACCCCAACUGUGAAGUGAUGUUCAUGGGAAUGGCAAACAUCCACUCCAUUCGGAACAGUUUCCAGUCUCUCCGGGCUGUGUGUGGCCAGAUCCCAGACCCCGGAAACUGGCUGUCUGCUCUGGAGAGCACGAAAUGGCUGCAGCACUUGUCUGUGAUGCUGAAGGCUGCCACGCUGGUCUCCUCUGCAGUGGAGAGGGAGGGCCGACCCGUGCUGGUGCACUGCUCAGAUGGCUGGGACCGGACCCCACAGAUCGUAGCGCUCGCCAAGAUCCUACUGGACCCUUACUACAGGACCAUAGAGGGGUUUCAGGUCCUGGUGGAGACAGAGUGGCUGGACUUUGGCCACAAGUUUGGGGAUCGCUGUGGACACCAGGAGAACUCUGAUGAUCUGAGCGAGCAGUGCCCAGUGUUCCUGCAGUGGCUGGACUGCAUCCACCAGCUCCUCAAGCAGUUCCCCUGCCUGUUUGAGUUUAACGAGGCUUUUCUGGUGAAGUUGGUCCAGCACACCUACUCCUGCCUUUACGGGACUUUCCUGUGUAACAACGCCGGCGAGAGAGAAGCCCGUAACAUCUACAAGCGAGCCUGCUCCGUGUGGUCCCUACUGCGCACAGGGAACAAGAACUUCCAGAACUUCCUCUACAUGGCCAGCCACGACAUGGUGCUUCAGCCAGUCUGUCAUGUGAGGGCCCUCCAGCUGUGGACAGCAGUGUAUCUGCCCACGUCCUCUCCCUGCACUGCUGCAGAGGACAGCAUGCACAUGUACCUGUGUCCUGCCACACAGCCUGAGGAGCUGACCUCCAGAUCUCUGGACAGGCUUCCCAAAACGAGAUCAAUGGACAACCUCGUCUCUGCUUGCGACAGUGGGGCGCCUCUGACUCGCACCUCCAGUGACCCCAAUCUGAACAAGCACUGCCAAGAGGGGCGGCCCACGCUGGAACACAAGCCUGGGGCAGCAGGGGGCGCCAGCGAGAUGUCUGAAAUCACACCACUGACCAACGGGAAGCAUGGCAAGUCUGAAAAAGGGGAGAGGGAGGGUGAGACACAGCCCCCCGACAGGAAGCAGCUCAACGACGAGAACUUCAACUCUGUCAAGGAGUACGGUCUGAAUCCACAGCCUGUACAGAACCCACACAACGCUCUGCAAGGACACAGAGUAUCAAACGCAGAGAACGCGCAGGCAAACCUAUCAGAGAAUCAGCCUUUGAAAACAACACCGGAGGCACCCGACGGCGCCCAGCCGUGCCCAGCUGAGAUACAGGAGAGCGAUUACCGGGCUUCAGAAAACCCCCUGCCCCCCUCCACAGACACACGUCUACAGGUAGCGGAAAAUGGGUUAACCCUGGAAUGUGACGAGCGGCGCCUUCUGCUGACGGCAGUGGAACUGCUUCAGUUAAAAAACACAUCCCUGGAACUGGAUUGCGCGACCGAGACGCUGACAGAACACAGUGCUGCCCUGGCAGCCAAGUGCACCAAGAGAGCACAGCCUCUGAAAAGCAACGGCCUGGUCCCGAGCUGCGAGAGCAACGUGGCUGAGCUUUCACGGUUCAGCAGAGCGCAGCCUGACUGUGCUAGGACUGCGAGGAAACUCAUUUCCCAGAGCCAGUUCAGCGAGCUUUCUUUACUGGGAUCUAACUGGGAAAGCAGCAUGCAGGGUUUGGUCAAAUCGGCAUGCAACGGGGAAGCGGGUCUCCGCAGGGCGCCCAGCUACCAGAACCGAAGGCUGGCCGGUAAACUCCUGCGAGCGGCCAGCAACAGAGAAAGCCUGCGGACGCCCAGCAAGGCAGCGUGGUGCUCUACGGGCUCCGUGGGGAGGAGCUCCGGGUAUUUUGCACUAGCAGCUCCCAGCAGGCAAGUUUCUGUCAGCACUUCGUCCUCCUGCUCCCCCCCUGCCUACCUGGACGAUGACGGGCUGGCUGUGCCGGUGGACGCGGUGCAGCAGAGGCUGCGGCAGAUCGAGGCCGGAUACAAGCAGGAGGUGGAGCUGCUGAGACGGCAGGUCAGAGAGCUGCAGAUGAGGCUGGAGAGCAGGCAGUGCUGCGCGCCCCCCACCGAGCCGGACGAGGACUACCAGGAUGACUUUACAUGUCUGCGAGAGUCUGAUGACAGCGAUGAGGAGGACUCUCUCUCGGUUCACAGUGAUGACCGGCUGUCUGAGGCCAGCUGGGAGCCUGUUGACCGGAAGGACACAGAGGUCAGCUUCCCUGAUUGCCUAUUACAGGUAACGCGCUGGGUCCCUGAUCACAUGGCAUCUCAUUGCUUCAGCUGCGACUCGGAGUUCUGGUUAGCCAAACGCCGCCACCACUGCAGGAACUGUGGGAAUGUGUUCUGCGGGGGCUGCUGCUACUUGAAACAGCCCAUCCCAGACCAGCAGCUGUACGACCCUGUACUGGUGUGCAACUCCUGCUAUGAUCACAUCCAGGUCUGCAGAGCCCGCGAGAUCAUGAGCCAGCAGCUGAAGAAGCCGAUCACUGCGGCCUCCAGCUGAACAGAGAAUCCAUUGAAUCGGGUUGGAUCUGUUGACCCGCCAGUUUACCGGAUGAGCCAAGCGCCUCCAAGCUUUGACACACACCAAGGGGGGGUUUAUGAUGAUGAUGAUGAUGAUGAUGAUGAUGAUGAUGAGGAGGAGGAUGAUGAUUCCGGUCUGGAGCCAAAGCUGGCUAUGCAACUGAUCUAUUAUAAUCGGUGGGGAUUUUAUCCUGAGCCAACGCUCUGCAGGACCCCCUGGCGACUGUCUUUAGUCGAAAGAUGGAUCCAGCAUCCAGCGAAAUACAGGGAGUGUUUUUGCGUGAAUUGUACUGGCUGGAAUAACUUCAACUUCAUUCCGGCCCUUCAUCUCAACCUGUGCACCCAGAUUAGUGCAUCUUUCAACACUAGACCUUUGGAGGACAAUUUAUUUUGUCUGCUGGAGGAGUGUUGCAAUCCAAGGCUUGUUCGGUAUAUCAGAGGCUUAAUAUUUAAAUGCUGCUACAGUAUGUGAACUUUUUUUGUGCACUAGAAGCUGUUGUAAAAAGGGGCAGG